AUGACUGGAGGCUGGAACCCUGUCACAGGCCGAGAUGCCGCUGGGGGAAGACCUACCUUUGCACCUUAUGGUGCACCUAUGCCCAGCCAGGGACAAGCAUAUAUACCGCAUGCCGGUGGCCCGGGAUACAACUUUGGACUGUCCAACCCAUGGGGUGGCAUGUCCGGCGUGGUGUAUCCUCCACAACCCAUGAUGCCGACUAGUGCUCAAUGGCCCAUGGCACCCAUGGGAUCCAUGGGAUAUCCGCCACAGAUGCAAGCUGGUACUAGAGGCUACUAUACUCAGCAUACUGUUGCAUGCCAACCGAAUGGUGUCGGCGCACCCUAUCCCAGACAACCACAACCAUACCCGGUGAUUGAUCCAUCGAUGCCUGCGGCACACAUGACAAAUAGCACUGGCGGUGUUGGAUGUGAGCCCGGGUACAACUACUUCUUCCCGGCUGAGCACACCAAAGCACACAUUUUCAAAACCAAUAUUCCGCCAUGGCAGCUCCCACCAACGGCCCAGAUUCCUUUCAAGGCUGUUCAUAUCCCAUGCAAUACAACUAUGAAGGAUCUCUUGAAAGGCUUUGGGUGUACUAACCCGGUUGAAAAGAAGAAUAAAUGCUUUGAGAUCACCACAACCGGCAACGGAAAAUGGUACAAAGGCCUAGAGAUUAACGGUUCAGAUAAAGAGAUGAUGAAGAAGAGCAUCAAAGAGGUUGGCUGGGACAUGACCAGAACCGGUCAUGGACGGGAGAAGCCCGUAGUGUGCCUGUGGUUUUGCAAAGACUGA